AUGUUCAGGAGAAAGGACAGGAGCACCGGUAGUUACAGGUCACGCAGUCGAAGGAGGAGAAGUGACCACAGUGAAGACGAGAGGUUGGAGGAGUCGUGUAAGCGACCAAGAAAAAGCGAAGUUAAUGACGAAGGAGGCGAUAGUCCGGGGCAGAGCGCGAGCAAUGAUGUCGUCAUAAAGACGGAGCCAAUGUCUCCAGAACCGCAAGAUGACCAUGAGAUGCUUGAAGUCAUAGAGCGAUUGAAAACUAGAGCAAGCCGCUCACAAAACAGCUGUGAUAGAUCGCGUUUUUCAAAAUGGGAAAAGGAAGCAAUCCAUGCGAGAGCAGUUCUCUCCACAGCGCCACCAGAAGCAGAAGAAAUAAUGCUGCUUACUGCUGGAUCAGUGUUGCUUCAUUAG